CGAGGAUUAAAAGUUUCUCUAGCACAAUAGGCGAUGAUUAAAAACGAAAAAAUUAAAAGUCGAUUACAAAAAAUGUAACUUACGUCAUUAAAAACCCUAAUAAGAGUAAAUUAAUCGAGGGAGACCAAAAAUAGAAAAGCUCUCUCAUCCAGGGACCCUAAAUGCAAGCAGCAGAAGAAAUAACAGUAAAAUAAAUAUUACUCCGAACAACGUCAUUAAAAACCCUAAUAAGAGUAAAUUAAUCGAGGGCAUUACUCAUUAGGGCCAGUACAGUAGUUAACAAUAUGAUUCCAAACCCACUGGACCAAGAAUCUCCGCCUUAACCCAUUCAUAUUAUAUGUGGCACCAUCUCUGCCGUUCAACACUUGCCCUGUGUACGACCCGCCUCCGCCGGUGCCGUAAAUUCCCAUGCACAGAUCCGCGAUUUCCACGGGGAAACUCGGGUCGGCACCCGCGUACCACGCGUUACCUAACGGAUUCGUCGAUAUCUCCGCUAUCUCGUGAGCUAUCACGCUAAUCAUUCCGUCAACCCCGACGUCUCCGUUAGGUGAUUUAACGGCCUUCAGACCCGGAAUGUAAUCGGGCACAGCAAACGGGUACGCGCACAUACCCGGGCACAUCUUCCCGGAAUUACCCACCCAAGCAAACGGCAGAGUGUACCCGACGAUGGACGGAAACGUGAAGUAGUGCAACCCACAGACGUUGUUGCAGAAAUCCUGAACGUACACGUCAUCAGCGGUGAGCAAAAGAUACACCCCGCUUUUCGGGUUGACCGGUAACGGUCGGGUUGACGCCGUGACGGCGGUUCUAAUAACGGACUGAAGAGUCAAACGGGUCAGCGACUUGCCGUGGGAAUAAAACCGGUCGUUUUUUUCCGACCCGAGGAUGACAUCCCGGGAAAUGUUGGCCCCGGUUUGGUCGGUGUAUUGGCGGACGGUUUUCCACCACCCGGAAACGGCGGGACGCUUAACGCCGGCGGCGGAUAUGGAGGCGAUGAAGUCCCGGAUGACCCGCUUAUGGGGUCUCUCCCACCGUCCGUACCAAAUGGGAUAAACGGUGAUGGUGGCAGAGAGGAUGGGACCCAUGUGGUAUUUCAGGCGGACAAAUUUCGACGAACCUUCGAAUUUCUUAGACCCACCAAAUAUGGAACCUGUGGAGUUCAGAUUUGGAAUCGGCAAUUGACGCCGCCCAGUAGCAGGGAGUGGGCUGGCGGAGAAAAGGAAUAUUCUGGUGAGAACGGCGAGGACAAGCGCCUGCCUCAUUUUUAUGGGGUAGAACGGAAGCUGGUGCGAAAGGUUUGGACUUUGGUGUGUGGAGUCUAGCUAUCAGAAGUGUUUUUUAUGCUCCAUGAAAGUGUGCAGGCAGUGCAGCAAGAGCAUCGGAGGUGGGGGCCACUGGCUACAAAAAAUACAGAGAAUGAAAAAGUGUGGAGCUAGGCAGCUGGCUAGAGCUUUGGAAAUUGGACCUAGGGCGGCUGAGACAGGAUGAUGGCGACCAGUAAUGGC